AUGGCGGCCACAUUUGGGAGAACUAUGGGUUCUGAGACACUUAAAGAUGAUGAGACUUGGUCCAGCUUGGGUGACGUAAAGGCUGCUGAGGAUCACCAGACAAAUAGUUUCCUGUCCACAAAACUCAUUGGAACGAACGACCAGAAAUUUGGUCGUGGACCAAUUUCAGGGAUUACGAGUCAGAAGGUUGAAAUGUCAAGUUUUGGUCCAAGGGAUCUCCAUGAAGACACCCUCUUCAAAAGGUAUGAACCAUCGUCCACUGCUUCCUUGUCUAGUAAACCCCCUCUGAACUUGGCACAAAACAAUGAAACCAGACCCACAAAAGCAGCAAACUUUAGUGGAUUCCAGGGCUACUCAAUGGAUGAUAUGGACAUGUCUGUGGACAGGGCGGUUCCAACUGGCGUAGUCCAACAAUCCAAGUCAAUUUCCACUCUGAGACGGUCCAACAGUUUCUCAGGGCAGGUUAGGACUAAACAAGUCAGAAAGGACAGCAGCUCUGCUGUAGACCUGUUUGGAAAGACCAAAGGAGGCAAAACUACCAGUCACCCAGAGACUAGGCAAGUCUUCAGUGUAGAGCUGGUGGUGCCCACAACUCAAUGGUUAUACAUAAAGGAGGUUUUCCACAUACUGCUAGAGGAAGUAACCUCUGACCUGCAGAUGACGGAGAAAAAAACAUUAAAUGAGGUCGUCCUCCAUCUGAGAGGGAAAGAUCCAGCCAACGUCUGGAUGUGUCAGCAGGUGCUGAAAGAGCAGAUUGCCAAGGUCGCCGAGGACUUCUCCACCCAUGAGCUGUUGUUAACACAGCUGGGUGUGUCAGACUCGAAGAAUGAGACAGUGGAGGUGUUAUGCACCACUGUGAGAGAGACAUGGGAGAAAGUGAAAAUCAUUCCAAUGCCAAAUACUAAGAGCAUUUUAAUCUUUGGUCCAAACCUGGAUUGCAUGGAGGCGAUGUCUUUUCUAAAAAAGAUGCUUAACUUUGGGACACAGGGGGAACAGACCAUGGAAGAGAGACCCAUUGAUCUUAAGAAACCAUCUUCUGAUUCUGCAUCCAACGCUGACAUAAACUCCUCAGCAGCACAUCAGAGCUCUGCCAGUAGUGACAAACAAGACCAGGAGACCACCUCUGCAAACAACAUCGCUUCAUCAGGGAGCUUGGAGGGAGUCAGCCAAUCAGAUGUGAAGAAAGUGCCUGUUUUGAAGCUUCGGUUAGGAGCAUCUGGUCUCCUGGAUGAAAAGAGUUUCAGGACAAUCAGUGCUCCCUAUAAAGCAGAGGGGUCACUAAGAGUUACAGAAGGAAAUGAUGGUGCAUCACCAUUACCAGAGCACAGUGCUCAGAGGUUGACAGGGCCAAAGCCUGAGGAAAGCCAGAUACCUAGCAGUAGGGAACUGCAGACCCAAAAGGACCAUAGCGAAGGAAAUGCCGGUUUGUCCUGUAUAUGUGGAACCGCAGGGGCAUCUGUAUCUUGGACGGCUGAUGGAAAAGCCAUGUGCCCGUCAUGCGUGGAAUGUGCAAAGUCUCAUGCAGUGAAUCCACAAAGCGCCACCGCAAAACAUUACGGGGCAAGCCGGUCCAAUGAGAAACAAGAUGUGAAAGACACCGAGGUGAAGGCCAGUCUAUCUUGUGUAGGUGGAACCACUGGGGAAUCUGUGUCUAUGACUGCUUGUGGCGGCGCCUUGUGCCAGAAUCACAUCCAUCCCGACUGUAAAGUACGUCCUAAAUCUCAGGAAGGUGUCGUGGGCAUCCGAGGGACCAUGACCCGCAGUGAGAUGUCCAUCAGUCUGGUUGGGUACAACAAGGAUACAACGCUGAAGAUAACCUACAACAUUCCGGAUGGCAUCCAAGGGAAAGGUCAUCCAAACCCUGGGGGGUCUUUCCAAGGGGGCACGUUCCAUGCCUUCCUGCCUCUGAAUGAAACGACUCUCAAGCUUCUGCCAUGCCUCCAACGUGCCUUUCAUCGAGGCCUCACCUUCAACGUGAGAGUAGGGGACACUAGGGAUUGUGUGACCUGGGGUAGCAUCCCACACAAGACCAGCAUCGAGGGAGGGAUUUCCAGGAAUGGAUACCCAGACUCAAGAUAUCUCAAAUGCUUAGCUGAGGCACUGAGGUCUCAUGGCAUCGAGGAGGGCUGAAAAACUGCAAUGGAUCAAGACAUGAGAAAAAACUCAAACGGAGCGAAGAGCGCUUUAAAAAUGUAAUCAUUAAUUAUUUUUGCUGUACAUUCUCCUAUGUAGACACUAAAGUUAUAUAACAAAAAAAAGUAAGGUUCACAAUAUAUAUUGUUCUAUGAAAAAUAGUCACAAUCAGGAAAUGUUCAUGAUAAUGCCUAUGUAGACACUAAUGUUGAACACAUACUGUAUAUUGGUUGACUCAAAUGAUUAAAAUACAGAUAUCA